AUGACGCCCGAGCGCGUAGUGACGUGGGGCGUCGUCGCCAUGUCCGUCGCCGUGCUCAGGAUCGUGACCGAGGCGUUCAUGGCGGUGAUGUCCGGCUGCGGCGACGUCGAAGGUUCCAGCGUUCACGCGACGCUCGUCGUCUCGCCGCCGAUCACCAGCGUGAGCACCGCCGCGCCGCUCAGACCGCCCGCGGACAGUCCGCCCGCGCGACUCGCAGCGGGUAUGAGGACGCGAGCCGUGAGGCGUAAGUGGCGCGUGUGCGUGUUCCAGGAGAGGCGGAAGGCGCUGAUGAUGGCGAUGAUGAUGACGAUGAUGACGGCUGCGUCCGUCGCGACGCCGACGCCGGAUGACGCAGACGCGAAGGCCACGCCGGUAAAGGCGUCCACUGCGACAGACGAGACUGUAUUCGUCGCGACGCCGCCGGACGCAGACACGGCGCCGAGCGAGGCGUCGUCGCCGGAGCCCGAGCCGCAGCCCGAGUCGUCCGUCGCGCCUUCGGCCGCGGCGGCUUCGGCCGCGGCGGCGAUGACGGCGCCGAGCGAGGCGUCGUCACCGCCGCCGGAGCCGCAGCCCGAGUCGUCCGCGCCGCCCGGGGCAGCGACGCUCGUGCCCGCCUCUAAUCUCAACCGCUGCCUUCGCGGCGGCGCCUCGAGUACGGGGGCGAAGACUAUCACCUCGUCGCCGAACGCGGAUGAAACGUCCACGGGCCCGGCGUUCUUUCCGCGGUCGUUCAUGAAGAAGUUCCGGAACAAUAUCUUGGGUUUUGAGCUACGCUCCGUGGGCGAGCCAAUCCAGGCUGCGAUCGGUCGCUUCCUCACGGCGAGCGCGAUGAAAAUACUGAACACCCGCGGCGAUGGGAAUUGCAUGUUUCGCGCGCUGCUCGAGUGCAUGACGGGGAACAGCGACAAGCACGUUGAGUUUCGGCUUCAAGUCGUGAAUCUAAUGCGCAGUGAUCCGAAUUCGUACCGAGCCGAAGCCGAAGCCGAUCAGGUAGAUGAUGCUCCGCAUGACAGACCUUUCGAUUUCGAUUCUUACUGCGACAAUAUGAAACGAGUUGGCAUCUUCGGCGGGACUCCCGAGCUCCACGCCGCCUCCGUCUUGCUCAAGGUCGACAUCAUGGUCAUCGACGUGCGCUACGGGAGGCUCGUUUUGGAUACUGGUGGUGACCAGCCGCAGGAGCGAGGGACCAUCGCCGUCGCCUUCGACUCGGACGGGAAGCACUAUAACGCCAUCGUCCAUCUGGAACUCUCCCGCAGAGGUUUCCCCGACGACACCGAGGCGUCGGCUGCGACGUUUUCGGUAAAUACGACGAAAGCGUCGUUCGCGGACGCGACACCGACGUCGGGCGUUUCAACCGCCGCUUCCGUGGUGAAGACGCGAGCUCGUGCGCAGAUCUCGACGUCCUUCUCCGAGGAGGAUGAGGUCACAUCGCCCGGUGCGGACCCAAGAGACACCGAGUUCACGCCGCCGCGGAGCAGCAGCGAUGCGCCCAACACGCGUGCGAGGGCACGCGCCACUGGGAGAUCGCGCGACGCGCCCACGGCAACCUCGCGCGACGCGCGCGCGGCGGCGCGAUCCAAACGGAACGCGAAGCACGCCGAUGACGACGUGGAUCCCGAGUCCGAGUCCACGGCGGCGGCGUCGAAGCACUUCCCGCGCGCGACGAGGCCAAAUCUCUCUGCUCACGGCUCCAAGGCGGCGAAGCGCAUCAAGACGUCCCCGUCGACGUCCGCGGCGAGGAAGCAGGCCGCGGCGCCGAUGCCGUCGCGUAGCCGAGCUCAGCAGGCGACGGCUGCCAAGCCGUCCCGGUACAACCUCCGCCCGCCGAAGAGAACUCCGACGUCGACGUCGGCGACGCCCGCGGCGACGCCCGCGGCGACGCCCGCGGCGACGCCCGCGGCGACGCCGCUGCAGUCCGUCUCCUCGCGCACGCGAUCGAGGGGUCGCGACCGAGGCGGAGGCGAUGGAUUCGAUGCGAACCCGCCGCGACUGCAGUCGUCCGCGCUCGUCGCCACAUCCGCGGCGCCGACGCCGUCGGCGCCGCGGACAAAGCCAAAGUCCAAGGCGAAGCCCGCCGCGAGGACGAAGUCGAAGUCAAAGCCAUACAAAGGAAAGGCAGUGACGCGCGGUGCCCACUCGGUGGUUCAGGACAUGCACAGCGUCGAAACUCGUAACAACGAGGCGGGCAAGGUGGCUCGGCAGCAGCGUAAAUCCCCCGAUGAACGCAGGCGUGACGAUGCUGCCGCCGAGGAAGCUCGCGCGGCGAAUGCCGCGCGAGAUGCCGAGGAGCGGGAGGCGUUCAAGCUGAGAUACGAAACCAUCGACGAACUGCGCGCGGCGUUCGAAGCGGACCCGCUGUCCGAUGACGAGUGCGUCAGAGACAUCAAAGCAGAGCACGACGCGAUGGUCGCCGCCGCGAAGAAACGCGCGGCUGACGAGGCCAAGGAUGAAGCCUCCCGGUCGGUUCCCAAGCCCGCAGAACUGAAGAGACGCAGACUACUCAAGCCCGCGGAGCGCGCCCGCGUCGACAAGAUCGACGCGCCGUGGCGCGGCGUCGCGAAGGCGUACCUCGAGCACGACUGGCCGCUGCCGUUCUGGUUCUCCGCCGGCGCGCUCGCGCAGGGUAACGAGACGCUCGAGCUCAUCGUCGAACAGUACAAAAUCGACACCUUGGACGAGCUCGGGCACUGGUUCGGCGCGAUGUGCAGCGCCGCAUACUUCGAGGCUAACACUGGCCGCUUUGCGCUUACGACGACAAAUCGCGAUUACGCCGAUCUUCAACGCGCCAACCUCCACAACGUGCAGUGGAAGACCGUACCCAGAACUGGCGCCGAGAUGGAGUCCGACUUCAUCGAGAAAUUCGAAGCCACGUGUUCGAACGGAGCAAAGUCUUGGAAGUACGCCAUCACGACCACGCCCGUCGGCGACAAGAAGCUCCAGGAGAAGUUCUACACGAAUCGUCGCGGCAAAAAGGUCAUCCUCCCGCAGAACCUCGAGGACGACCCGCUGUUCCCGCUCGCGCUUACCGCCACGCCGUCGUGGAUGGACGCGAUCGUCGCCGGCGACGGGUCGCUGCGUGAAGGAAUUUUCUCCCUCGCGUUCUGCGACUUCACGCCCCGCGAGCUGGACUGGUUCAUCAACAUCCUCGCCCGCCCGAGAUGGAGAGACGGCACCGGUGCAGUCGUCCACGGCGCGUUCCCGGUGGAGAGGAAGAAGAAAGGGCGGAAAGGCCAGUACACGCUCGACAUGACCGAAAAGUCUCUCGAAGACGCUGGGUACGCGCCGCGCUUCGGCUGCGGGAUCCGCACGCACGGCAUCCGCGUGAAGGAGUUCAUCCACACCGCGGCUCUUCCGGUAACCCGCGCGUACCCGCACAAAGGCGUCUUCUUUCUCGACAACGACCUCUACAGUGCCGCGCUCGCGUGGCGAUCCCGCGGCGAGUCGUUCACCCAGAUCAUCGUCGACGGGGUCAUCCGCGGAUUCAGCCUCGAGGAGUUGCAAGCCGAACUUCUGCGUGCGACGGGGUUGAACUUCACGGCUGCCGACCUCUUCGGGAUCAUCACGAAGCCACUGCUCCCCCCGGGCGAAAGUUCGGGAAGAAAGAAAGUGCUCGGAAAGCAAUAUGGCUUGGGUUUGCCCUUCCCACCGCGGCGGACGUGCGACAAGACCGGGAACGCGGACCGCGUCAAGCACACGAUACACGACGUGAACGCGGCGAACGUGAUCAUCGGCAUCGUUCGCAAGGGACACGAACACGCGGUACUGCACGGCGGCUUGGCUUGCGGCGGUGAAGAUUCCGUCAAGCAUUUCAUCAAGAUGCGCGGCGCCAUGUACGAGGAGUACGGGUACAUCUUCGACGCCAAGCAAGGGCUGUGCAUCUUCCCCGGGGGCACGAUCGACCGGGACACCACCAAGCUGCUCACUCAGGAGGUGUUAGACGCCCAGGAACGGUACCACACAGGCUGCGUCGAGAACGGCAAGUUCACUCCGCCGGAGCUCCUCCCUCACCGCACCGAUGCACAGCUCAAAGUGCAAUUCGCGCCACUGCUCGAGGAGAAGCUCAGGUUGAGCGCGCUGAUCGUGAAGCUCCAGGGUUGGCGCAUGGAGUUGAGACGCACAGCCAGCAGCAACCGGGCAAGAUCCUACUUCAUCUACACCGAUCCCGGCACCGGCACUGUCAAGAAGGAGACCCUGGACCUGAACGGGAUGGCCAUCAAGUGGAUCAUCGCUAACCAACCGGAGAACGCGCAACAGCUCAAGGAUUUGCUCACCAAGUACCAGCCGGAGAUCAAGAAGCAGUUUGAGUGGACAGCGACAGCGACAGCGACGGCGACGGCGACAACGACAGUGCCCGCGGGCGGUGCGGAGGGAGAUGGAGAUGAUGCCGAGGGUGCUCGGGAUGAAGACGAGAUCGCCUUGACGCAGUCAAAGAAGAAACGCAAGACGAAGCGAUGA